AUUUAGCCUGAAGCCAACAGACGCCGCACACACUGGGCUACUAUUAGCACAGCGCACAGAAGACACGGAUACUGUGAAAGAAACCUACAUUUUGGGGGUUUUGUUAGCUUACGAAAAGGCCCGUGGGAAGAUAACUUACACUCGUGCAUUUCCUAUUUUUUUCCACGUCUGUCUUGGCAAAAAAAGCCCUUGGAGAAGGACAGGAUUGAAAGUGACGUCGUUAUAAAAGGAGACUUGGCUGAAAACCUAUAACGUCAGUCAACAAAGAAAAGCUUCUGUGAAUUAAAGGAGUAAUCCUCACUUAUUCUCUUUAGUUAUGAGUCAUGUGGUCGUCGACGGUUCACACGGUCUAGAUCAGCAGGAGCUUGCUGUUUUAGACUUGAACUCGGCUGAUGGGCAGGGUGCAGGCAUUGGUCGGCGUUACAUUCCUCCACAUUUGAGAAACAAAGAUGCACCAAAAAGUGAUUCUCCAGGGUGGGAUGGCGGUCGCAGCAAUGGUUUCAUCAAUGGGUACCACGACGGUCGUAUGAAUAUUACUGCAAACUUUGUACGUGGACCUCCUCGCAGUGACAGAGGGGGACGUGGCGGCUACAGAGGCAACAGGAACGGUGGUUCCUUCAACCAGCCAAUGCAUAAUGCAGGUUAUGGCGGUUACGAGAACAAAGAUGGAGGCUGGAAUGCUAUGGUGAACAGAGAUGCCUACACAAGCUUUGCCGGACGUUCUGACAGAGGAAAGUCUGCAUUUUUCAAUGACAGAGGAACCGGAUCAAGAGGAAGGUAUGAGCGUGGAGGGUUUGCAGGGGGAACAGGAGGGAACAGCCGUUGGGUUGAUGAGUCCAGAGAUGAAGAGGACUGGUCAAAGCAAUUGCCCCCCAAUGAGCGUCUGGAAAAUGAGCUGUUCGCUGGGAGCAACACCGGGAUUAACUUUGAGAAGUAUGACGACAUUCCUGUGGAAGCCACUGGAACGGACUCCCCUGUGCAUAUCGAUAGCUUUCAUGAUGUGGAUAUGGGGGAGAUCAUUAUGAGCAACAUCGCCUUGAGCCGGUACACGCGCCCUACUCCUGUUCAGAAGUAUGCAAUCCCUAUCAUCAAAAGCAAGAGGGACCUGAUGGCCUGCGCACAGACAGGCUCUGGGAAAACUGCAGCCUUCCUGCUUCCUGUGCUGAGUCAGAUCUACACUGAAGGACCAGGAGAAGCACUGCAGGCCACCAAAGCCAGCACCCAGCAGGAGAAUGGAAAGUAUGUCCGGCGCAAACAGUAUCCCAUUUCUUUGAUUUUGGCUCCAACAAGAGAGCUUGCCCUUCAGAUUUAUGAUGAGGCCAGAAAGUUUGCCUACCGCUCCAAAGUGCGACCUUGUGUAGUUUAUGGAGGUGCUGAUAUAGGCCAGCAGAUUCGUGAAUUGGAAAGAGGUUGUCAUCUGCUUGUGGCCACACCGGGCCGUCUGGUAGACAUGAUGGAGCGGGGAAAGAUUGGCCUGGACCACUGCAAUUAUCUGGUCCUUGAUGAGGCAGACAGAAUGCUUGAUAUGGGUUUUGAACCUCAGAUCAGACGUAUUGUGGAGCAAGACACCAUGCCCACUAAAGGAGCUCGCCAGACCAUGAUGUUCAGUGCCACCUUCCCCAAGGAGAUCCAGAUUCUGGCCCGUGACUUUCUGGAGGAGUACAUCUUUCUGGCUGUUGGGCGUGUGGGUUCCACCUCCGAGAACAUCACCCAGAAGGUGGUCUGGGUGGAAGAGAAUGACAAGCGCUCCUUCCUCCUCGACCUGCUCAAUGCUACAGGGAAGGAUUCUCUCACGCUGGUGUUUGUGGAAACCAAAAAGGGAGCAGAUGCGCUAGAAGACUUCCUGUACCACGAGGGCUAUGCUUGCACCAGUAUCCAUGGCGACCGCUCUCAGCGCGAUCGCGAGGAAGCGCUCAGCCAGUUCCGUUCUGGACGCUGUCCUAUAAUGGUUGCCACUGCUGUGGCUGCACGAGGGCUUGACAUAUCCAAUGUGAAACAUGUGAUCAACUUUGACCUGCCAAGUGAUAUUGAGGAAUAUGUCCACCGCAUUGGGCGUACAGGCCGCGUGGGAAACCUUGGUUUGGCCACAUCGUUCUACAAUGAUAAGAACAGCAACAUCACUAAAGAUUUGCUGGACAUUCUGGUGGAGGCCAAACAAGAGGUUCCUUCCUGGCUCGAGAACCUGGCUUACGAGCACCAGCACAAGAGCACCAGCCGUGGACGCCCCAAGAGGUUCUCUGGAGGCUUUGGAGCCAGAGAUUACCGGCAGAUGGCUGGGGGUGGUAACACUUUUGGUAACCGUGGUGCUCGCAACACCGUUGGCCAUGGAGGGAACCGCGGUUUUGGAGGCAACAAGGUGUCUAAUUUAGGUGGCUUUGGGAGUUUUGGCAAUGACACCUUUGGCGGGAACUACGCUAACUACGGAGGAAACUACGCCCAGGUUGACUGGUGGGGCAACUAAAUAAGUUUGGAGAGGGUCACCAUGCCAAACCACAUGUUAUCAUAGCCAGACUCUCCCCUCCGUGUAGCUUUAUGAACUCGGUACAUUACACGCUGUGAUUCUUUGCCUGCAUUCUAAAGCGAGCUGAUAAAGAUGAAGAUCUGCGCUAAACCCGGAGCAGAAUAACACUGAUGUCAACUUGUGUAUUGGAUAUAGAAUAUUGCAAAGUUUUCUUUGUUUAAAAAAAACAAGGGUCAUUUGUAUGUGAAUGUACUGUGCCUUUUUGAAUAUAGACAGGUAUUUAGUUUCGUUAAUUUUUAUCGAGUGAGCUCGGCCAAGAGCUUAAUUUGUUUUCGCUGUGAAGGCGUUUGCACGCUUGUACUUUCUCAAACCUUGGCAAAUCCUGGGAUAACGUGGCUCAAAUGAGUCGCUGUUCCAUUUGAAUUUCAAAUUCUCACUAAUAUCAAAACGCACCUACGACUAAAACCGACAGAGAAGCUUUGCGUUCGACUGCGAAGCGCUCCGUGAAGUGACCGUGUCAUAAGGGAUAAAUAAGUCUGACUUAUUUUAGUUUUGCUCACUCUAUCCUGGAGAGGCACCCAUUUAGGGAUAUGGUUGUCUUGAUAAAGGCCAUUCCAGUUGUGAUGUUCAUGACAAACUAUCGGAAACACACAGUGUUUUAAAUUUCUGAAUGCUGGAACUUCGUACUCCACUUGUUUUAAUUGACAGUGUUAUGGCAGCUAGUAAGAACCACGUGCUAGCCACUGUAAGUGGGCAGCGUUUUUGUUUUUAUCAAAACAUUUUGGAGAAGCAGAUGUGGUUUAUUAAAAAACGGUGAGUUUUUUGAUAAAGUGUUUCUUUAGAAAUGUCAAACGAACAAAAAAUGCCUGCCAUCCUGAAAAUGAAGUUCAAAUGGCUACAAACGGACCACAAAACCAAAGCGAACAUGGCUGCUUUGGUCAAAUACGCAUGCUAGUGUUUAGUUUUUUGGUCAAGGAGAGAAGACGAACGAACUGUUGCAGGCUUUAUUUUAAUACAGACGUCCUCUCUUUUCAAGCUGCGUGGCAGACAUGGCUCCCAUUUUCAUAGGCGGAGGGGGCAGUUCUUUUCGAGGCAUUAGCGGAUAGGGAGUUUGAUGGGUUAGGCCUGAUGCGAGUGCAGUUAUAGACAGGCCGCCAUUUUAGCUUGUGAGGGCCCCACUGUUCUCUAUGCAGGGCCAAACUCCUCCUUAUGGAACACACAUGCUGUCUGAAGUUCAUCGGGUUAGAUGCGACCUAAACCACUGAACAGUAAGAGCCAGUUUUCUGCUUCUUUUCGUCAGAGGAGAGAAUCCUUUAAGUGGAGGAGAAACAAGGCAUUUAACAUAAGUGCAAUAGAUUUUCUUCUCAAGUGAGUUGUGCCUUGACUUCUAUUUUAUUUAAUGAUUUUUGUUUUAGUUGAUGAAUACAAACAGAUGCACUGACAGUAUUGAGAACUUCAAGUUGAAUGGUGCUACUUAAGUUAGGUCUAGGCCCGAGUACGUUGUGCCCAUCAAGUUUUACAAAGUUCUUUUAUUGCACAUUUAGAGUUUUUUAUAAAUGUCUUGAGUGUACGUCCUCAAGCUUCCAAAUAUUGUGUGAGGAGACAGGAGAAACGCAGCUUGUUUACAAAAGGGGAAGGGUUCUCAAUAUUAACCAGGAUUUAUUUGGGACCAGGGCGAUCAGCAGUGGGGAAUUUAGCUAUUUGCACACAGAUUUCUAGAUUCUACUUUUGCUGCUAGUUUUGUGUAACUUAUUAAGCAUUUUUUGAGAAAUAUUUAUUUUUAUAAGCCUCAAAGUGAUUCUUUGAAAGUUUCAAGUAACUUGACCAAAAGACAAUACUUAAACACUGGCACUUGAAUGUUGAAUGUCACCUGUAUGCGUGAAGUUUCUAUUUUUCGGGGUAGUGUGAGCUUUUUAAUGUUUCAGACGUGUUGGACUUGCUCAGUAUAUCCACAGCUGGAAAGGGCUCGACGGCCGCACGCAGCUGUGGUUUAACCAAUUGGCAGUCAAAAUUGGAAAUGUGCAAAAACAUGCCAAGGUUUGCAAUCAAAAGUCAUUUAAAAAGGAAAAAAAACUAUUGCCUUUCAGUGCAAGGUGUCCAGAUUCUCCAAACAUGUGCUUUUCUUCUGUAUUUCAGAUUGGCAUUUGUUCUGUUUUUGUUUCUGUCAGUGUCUGGCACAUGGCAAUCUUAAACAUGUGGUUAAUCUUCAUUGUAUUUACAUAUAUGGCAACUCUGGUCUUCUCAGGAGAAGCUGCGAUUGUCCACGCUAGCAAUAAGUCUUACUACGUAUUAAAACGCUGAUAUCACACCCCCUGGCCUCGAUUUCGAUGGAAAGCAGUGAACGGCUUCCUGAGAGGACACCAGAGCUCUGUAGAUUUAGAAUUUGCUUUAUGUCGUAGCUUAUAGGCUAUGCACUGCAUGAGAGGACUCGGCUGUGCGUUUAUUGUAUGAUUUUACCAAAAUAAACAUUUCUGAUGCAAAUUCCUUUGAAAAAUCAAGCAUGUUUUCUUAUGUAGCAAAAAAUUGGGUCAUUGUACUGUACCAGCUGUUCUUGGCGUGACCUGAACUCAAUGGCGUGUUUGACAUUUGGUUGGCACCAGUUUGUUUACAAAAUAGAAAUUCGUUCUCUAACUA